AUGGGUUGCCUAAGAGUUCUGCAAAUCGGCAAACCCAUACCUCGGUUAUGGCAGAGAAGAUUAUUCAGCUCAUCUACACCUCCGAAGGUGGAAGGAAUUCCAUACACAAAACUGAGUAUUGGGGUACCUAAGGAGAUUUGGGAAAAUGAAAGAAGAGUGGCAAUUGUACCAGCUGUAGUUAAUAAAUUAGUAAAAAAAGGUUUUAAUGUAAAUAUAGAAGAAAAUGCUGGUGUCUUAGCUAAUUUUCCCAAUAAAACAUAUGAAGAGGCAGGAGCCAAGAUAACAAAUUUACAAAAUGCAUAUCAGUCAGAUAUUGUGCUUAAAGUUCGUCCGGUUGCAUCAAAUGAAAUACAAAAUAUCAAAUAUCAAGGAACGCUUAUAUCAUUUUUAUAUCCCGCCCAAAACCAAGAGUUGAUUAAGGAAUUAUCAGCUAAGAAAAUUAAUGCUUUUGCCAUGGACUGCAUACCCCGAAUAAGUCGAGCUCAAGUGUUUGAUGCUCUCAGCUCGAUGGCGAAUGUGGCAGGUUACAGGGCUGUCAUCGAGGCUGCGGCACACUUCCCAAGGUUCUUCUCAGGUCAAAUGACAGCAGCUGGAAGGGUUCCACCAUGCAGAGUGUUGGUAGUGGGUGGUGGAGUUGCAGGUUUAGCAGCAGCUGCCCAAGCGAGAUGUAUGGGCGCAGCUGUUAGGGCUUUCGAUACACGACCAGCUGUUAGGGAACAGAUAGAGAGUCUUGGUGCACAGUUUAUCACUAUGGACAUCAAGGUAAUUAGAUUAUUUUUAAAUGUAUGA